CGGCGUAGCGCUUGGUCGCUGUUGGGGCUGCGAGAACCAUGGAGCGGAAGGAGCUUUUUCUGUGGUGCCUCGUCCUGGUGUGCGUCGCCGGUCUCGCGGGGGCUGUGCUAAAAGCUCCUGAUGUGCAGGUAUAUUCCCUACAUCCCGUGACGAUGGGCAAGGAAAACACACUGCAUUGCUUCACAGAAGGGUUUCACCCUCCAAAAAUCAACGUCACUCUUCUGAAGAAUAACGUUAAGAUGGCAAACAUCAAGCAGUCUGACCUUUCUUUCAAGGAUGACUGGACCUUCCAGCUUCUGACCUAUGCUUCAGUGGUUCCCAAUGGAGAAGAUGAAUAUUCGUGCAUGGUGGAACACCCGGCCCUGAAGAAAUCAAAGAUUUUCAAAUGGGGUAACAACUUUAGGUUACCGUCUUUCUAGUCCGUCUCUUCCUCC